AUGUCAACGCGCCGUCAUUUCGGGAUUGUAUUGCUCCUAUGUUGUUUAAGCUUGAGUUAUAACUACAGGCUCAUAGAAAACCACGAAGAGCUUAAAACAUGUCCAGCGCGAAAUAGGGAUCUUUUAUUCAACCAACCACAUUUGAAUAAUCAACAGAGGAACUUUUACAACGUCCACGAUAUACCCGCAAGACAGCAAAUUAACUCUAAUCAAAAUGAAAUGAAAUCGGAGAACUGGCUGUUGCGAAUUUUCCAUAUAAAAUCCGUGAGCCAAAACCCAAGUCAUGAAGUCCCAGGAACAGACGAAAAUAAACAUAUAGAUGGAUUUUUAAAACGUCUUUUUAAUAUCCUGAGGAGCAAUAAAAUGGAGGAGCCAUUACAUAAACAUACAAAUAACCCAAAAAUCCUUUUCAUUUUAAAGAAAAAUCCGCAUACAGAAGACCACCGCAUAAUAAAACCAGAACCUUUGCAAUAUAAUUUUAUGUGA